ACAAGAAAUGGUAAACGACGUUUGGCGCGGUUGGUAGACGAGCUGCUGACAGCGGAGGGAGAAGAACCGAGGUCCACCUCGCAGUUCAUCGGUUUUCUAGUCCUUUCCUCUUGGAGAGACGCCCGGGAGACAUCCGCACAUCUACUAAGAGAGGCUCGGUGGGGUUAAUUCCAGGUCUUCUCGUAUCCUCUCGUCAGCCGUCUAUCAGGCGGACGGAAACACCUCGAACAUGCCUCCCGUCGACAAAGACACCGGGAAGAACGAGCUCAAGACUCGGAUACAGCAGCUCAUUGACGCCAACCAAGUGAUGGUGUUCAGUAAAAGCUACUGUCCGUACUGUGUCCAGGUGAAAGACUUGUUCAAAGAGCUGCAUGUCGAGUGUAACGUCGUGGAGUUGGAUCUCAUAGAGGAUGGAACCAACUACCAGGAGAUGCUGCUCGAGAUGACCGGGCAAAAAAGCGUUCCGAACGUCUUCAUCAACAAGAUGCACGUCGGCGGCUGUGACAAAACACUGCAGGCUCAUAAAGACGGCAGCCUGAAGCAGCUACUGGGCGGAGACAACGAAGCCUAUGAGUACGACCUGAUUGUGAUCGGAGGAGGAUCUGGAGGCCUGGCCUGCUCAAAGGAAGCUGCUUUAUUGGGGAAGAAGGUCAUGGUACUGGACUAUGUUGUGCCCACACCAAAGGGAACCUCCUGGGGUCUCGGCGGAACAUGCGUGAACGUGGGCUGCAUUCCCAAGAAGCUGAUGCACCAGACGGCCGUGCUGGGCACCGCCAUGCAGGACGCACGCAAGUUCGGCUGGGAGUUUGACGAGACAGUGAAGCACAACUGGGACACCAUGAAGACGGCGGUGAACAACUACAUCGGCUCACUGAACUGGGGUUACAGGGUGGCGCUGAGGGAGAAGAGCGUCAACUACGUCAAUGCCUAUGCAGAGUUCAUCGAACCACACAAAAUCAAGGCGACAAACAAACGAGGGAAGGAGACGAUUCACACGGCGGCUAAGUUUAUCUUGGCUACAGGCGAGAGGCCGCGUUACCUGGGCAUCCCUGGAGACAAGGAGUACUGCAUCACCAGCGACGACCUCUUCUCGUUGUCCCACUGCCCGGGAAAGACCCUGGUGAUCGGGGCGUCGUACGUGGCGCUGGAGUGCGGUGGUUUCCUGGCCGGCCUGGGUCUCGACGUCACCAUCAUGGUCCGCUCCAUCCUUCUGAGGGGCUUCGACCAGGACAUGGCCAACCGUGCCGGGGAGCACAUGGAGGAGCACGGCGUCAAGUUCCUCCGCAAAUACGUCCCUGUGAAGGUAGAGGAGCUGGAAGCAGGCACUCCAGGCAGGCUGAAGGUGACAGCCAAGUCCACAGAGACUGAUGAGCUCAUCGAGGGGGAGUACAACACGGUGCUGAUAGCAGUGGGCCGGGACGCAUGCACCGACAAAGUCGGCCUGGACAAGAUAGGGGUCAAAGUCAACUCAAAGAAUGGCAAGAUUCCGGUGAACGAUGAAGAGCAGACCAAUGUGCCCCACGUCUACGCCAUUGGAGACAUUCUGGAGGGCAAGUGGGAGCUGACACCUGUAGCCAUCCAGGCUGGCAAGCUGCUGGCACGACGCCUCUACAAGGGCUCGACACUCAAGUGUGACUACGUCAACGUUCCCACCACUGUCUUCACCCCACUGGAGUACGGCUCCUGCGGUCUGUCAGAGGAGAGGGCCAUGGAGCUCUACGGGCAGGACAACCUCGAGGUGUACCACAGUCUGUUCUGGCCCUUGGAGUUCACUGUGCCCGGCAGAGACAACAACCGGUGCUACGGCAAGAUCAUCUGCAAUAAACUGGACAAUGAUCGAGUCAUUGGGUUCCACUACCUGGGGCCAAAUGCCGGAGAGGUGACGCAGGGCUACGGCGUGGCCAUGAAAUGCGGCGUCACCAAGGAGCAGCUGGACGGCACCAUCGGCAUCCACCCAACAUGUGCUGAGGUCUUCACCACGUUGGAGGUGACCAAGAGCUCCGGUGGAGACAUCGCCCAGGCCGGCUGCUGAGGUUAAACCCUGCUCGUUUAGCGAGGCUGCUCUCACAUUAAGACUCUCCCACCAAAACCAGCUCUCAUCUUAGCUCUCAGUCGACCUUUUAGAUUCAUCCUCACCUCCUGCUGCUCCGUUCUCAGAGCAGCCGUUUCUCAGGGCAAACCCCCUAACGCCGCGGCCGGCGCCCCAACGGGCUGAAGCCCUCGUUGGUGGCUCGCUGGAGAGCUUAGAGGUGACUGAAGGAAGCUGAGGUAGUUCUGAUGUGAGUGCAGCCUGCUGAACAGCGGGGUUACUCUGCUGAUUUUUUUUAUUUAUUUUUUCCACUGGGCUCCACCAGCGUUUCCCUGUUGAGGAGCACCAAACACACACACACGCACAUAGGAGUGUGUGUGUGUUUGGGCUGUUUGUGACGUCCUGGCCCGUAACCUGAAAUUAGGUGGGCGAGGAUCGAUGUCCCUCUACAGGAGAACCUGAUGGCGGCCUAAACCCCUUCGUCCAAUUCCCCAACUUCAGACUCUUCUCAUUCAGCCCCAGUAUACAGACGGCAUACAGACUGACGUUCACUUUAAUAAGACUGAUUUAAACGGGCGCACAAGCAGGGUUUGAAUGGACGCACGGCUCUGAACUCCAGCUUAUGAUGGAAACUUAUUAUUUAAUCAGGUCUCUGUGUGUGUGUGUGUGUGUUGUCUCUUCAUUAUCGUCUCUUCUUUUGAGCCUCCAUCAUUCCACACAUUCCUCUUACGAGGCCUUUAUGAUGACCUUGAUGUACAUACAUGUAGCUGUCUUUGCUAUGUGCAGGCACCAGGGUUUUUCUGCCUUAAGAGAGCUCCCUUUAUCUCCCUCUAAAAUAUUUAUCCAAACAGUUCUGCAAAGAGAUCAUGAGCCGAGCAAAUCCUUUCAAACCUUGUUGUGCUUCCAGAUGACAUUGAAUGGAAAAUACAACCUGACUUGUACGGAUUGGUGCAUUAAAAAAAUAAAAAGGUUUUUACUAAAUGAAUUGAAUGCUUGUUUGUCGCAUCUGGCCGUUCGCCUUCUGCUCUAUGUGUAUGUGAAAGAUAUAUUCAAUCCUCUAGAGGGCUGCAUUCUGACUGCUGUCGGUGAGCGACUUUGGUCUUCUGUAUAAAUGACUUGUUCGUUGGUGUCAAACCACUGUAGAUUACUUCUCUCUCAAGAUUUAAUAAAUGAUGGAUUCACCUUC